AUGUCUUUUCCUUCAUCCAUGGAUCCCAAGAGUGGUGCAGUCCGCCAGGAGAACUGCCCCCGUGGGGGAGGAGGCGUGGUUUUGCCUUCUUAUUGGACAGUUGGUCCCGGAAAUGCAAAUGAGACUCCUGUUGCUGGGUGGGAAUUGGCUAAGGAAAAGGUGGAGGCGGGGCUGGGCCCCGGGCCACUUCACGGAGCGGGAAAAGGAGGGGGAAGGAAUGUCACAACUGGGACCAGGUCUCAGAGAAUAAACAUUGAUGUGGCUGAGGACCGAACCAUUAUUGGGUUUGGGGGGCAUCAUAGGGGCUACAAGGGUCUGUGGGAGGAAGAAAGUGGGGUCUCCUGCAAGUGGGGUGGGGGAGGCGCCUCUUCUGAGCUCCAAGCCGGCGAGACACAGGCGAGGGCUGGCGGCGGCCACAUCUGCACUGGGGGGGCCGGUACGCAUCUGCACGAGAAAGAGCUGCCGGCCAGGGUCCCCGCCACGCUGCCUGCCGCCCCCACCCCCAUCGGCGCGCGCGCGCGCCCAGCCCCGCUGGCUGGCAGACACGCGUUCGCGCUGCCUCCCUUGGCUGGCCCCCACGCUACCACCCCCGAUUCCCCGAGGGUCCCGCAUCCGGAAAUUCAGCUCCGAGAUCCGCAGCCUGGCGUCCCGGUGCACACCAUGCGGGCCCUGCUGCUGCUCGGGAGCAUCGCGCUGCUGGCCUCCGCCGCGGGUCCAGCCAGGGCGCGCCCAUCCAACGAUACGAGCGCAGUGGCCCCGGGCCCGCUGCCUGCGCUCCUCGCGCACCUGCGGCGCCUAACCGGGGCUCUGUCGGGCGGCGGGAGCCCGGCGGGCACCGGCGCUAACGCCACCAAGACCAGCCCCACGGGUGGCGCGGGUGCAGCGGCACGGGCGCCCCCUCCGGCCGAGCUCUGCCACGGCUACUACGAUGUCAUGGGCCAGUACGACGCCACCUUCAACUGCAGCACCGGCUCUUACCGCUUCUGCUGCGGCACCUGCCACUACCGCUUUUGCUGCGAGCACCGCCACAUGCGCCUGGCGCAGGCCUCUUGCUCCAACUAUGACACGCCACGCUGGGCCACCACGCCUCCGCCUCUAGCCGGAGGCGCCGGGGGCGCUGGGGGUGCGGGCGGGGGCCCGGGACCGGGCCAGGCAGGGUGGCUGGAAGGGGGUCGGGCCGGGGGCGCUGGGGGUCGUGGGGGCGAGGGCCCCGGGGGCAGCACAGCCUACGUAGUGUGCGGAGUCAUCAGCUUCGCCCUGGCGGUGGGCGUCGGUGCCAAAGUGGCCUUCAGCAAGGCGUCGCGUGCGCCCAGAGCGCACCGGGAGAUCAACGUGCCCAGAGCUCUGGUGGACAUUCUGAGGCAUCAAGCAGGACCUACAACCCGCCCAGACCGGGCCCGAAGCAGCUCUCUGACCCCAGGGCUAGGAGGCCCAGAAAGCAUGCCUCCCAGGACACCCAAGAACCUUUACAACACUAUGAAGCCCUCCAACCUCGAUAACCUGCACUACAACGUCAACAGUCCCAAGCACCGCGCUGCCACACUGGACUGGCGAGCCAUGCCACCACCCAGCCCCUCCCUGCACUACUCCACGCUGUCCUGCUCUCGAUCCUUCCACAACCUCUCGCAUCUUCCCCCAUCCUAUGAGGCUGCUGUGAAAUCAGAACUGAAUCGCUACUCCUCUCUCAAGAGAUUGGCUGAGAAAGAUCUAGAUGAAGCCUACCUGAAGCGCAGACAUCUAGAGAUGCCCCGUGGAACCCUGCCUUUGCAUGCACUGCGGCGGCCUGGUACUGGAGGUGGCUACCGCAUGGAUGGCUGGGGUGGUCCUGAGGAGCUGGGCCUGGCACCGGCACCCAACCCCCGGAGAGUUAUGUCCCAGGAGCAUCUGCUGGGUGAUGGCCGAGCUUCCCGCUAUGAGUUCACAUUGCCUCGAGCGCGGCUGGUGUCUCAGGAACACCUGCUGCUGUCCUCACCAGAGGCCCUCCGCCAGAGUCGAGAGCACCUGCUGUCACCACCACGAAGUCCUGCACUGCCUCCAGACCCCACCACCCGGGCCAGCCUGGCUGCGUCACACUCCAACCUGCUGCUGGGGCCUGGGGGGCCUCCCACACCACUGCAUGGGUUGCCUCCAUCAGGCCUGCAUGCCCACCAUCACCACGCCCUUCAUGGCUCUCCUCAGCCAGCCUGGAUGUCCGAUGCAGGUGGGGGUGGGGGCACACUGGCCCGCCGGCCACCCUUCCAGCGCCAGGGAACCCUGGAGCAGCUUCAGUUCAUUCCUGGGCACCACCUGCCACAGCACCUGCGCACUGCCAGCAAGAAUGAAGUGACUGUCUGAGGCCAGGGUAGAGCGCUGGGGGCUGCGGCUUCUGAGGCCCCCUCCUCCCAGCCCAGAUCUCCAUCACAGGCUUAUCAUACACACCAAGGGUCUGAGACCAGAUGGGCCCUUGGAUCGGAGACCACGCCUCGUUUUGGGAUGUCACAGUAGAUGAGAUCUCUCCUCCUACUUUGUCACUGUUUGAACCAAGGCCUCCUUCCCAUGAUGUCAUCGCAGAGGAAGAGGCCUGUACAUGAGGUCAUCGCUAGCAAAUAUGUCUGUGUUCUAUGACGUCAUUGCAGGAACUAAACCUUCCUAUGAGGUCACCACAGAGGAAGAGGCCUGCCCGUGAGGUCAUCACUAGAGGCUGUCCAUUUUGCAUGACAUCACCAGAGACUCCUUCCCUGUGAUGUCACCACAGACAAUGCCUUGUCCCAUCCCAUCAUCCCUAGAAACAAAGAUUUCUUCUGUGAUGUCACUGCAGAGACAAGUCUCCCGCUUCUUGAGACUUCUUGAUAUCAUCCUGAGCACCAAGGCCUCUUGAAACUGUCCAGAUGUUUCUCUGCUGUGGAGAAGAUGCCUCUGCCCCACAAUGCCAUGACUACAGACUAAGCCAUUUUCCUGGGACACACUGCAGGGGACCGUGCCCUGUCAUGUGUCCUCACUAAAGAUUAGGCCUCCUUCCCACAGUGCUGUCACAGGAUUUUGCCUCCCUCCUGUGAUGCCAUCACCAGAAUAGGUGCCUUGCCCGAUGGCGCCAUCACAGGGACCGUGCCUCUUCAAGCGAUGUCAUUACCAGUAAUGACCACCUGUCCCAGGGACCUCUCCAGGAGGAGGCCCUGAUGUGGUGUGACCACCAGUUACCACCUGCUUGGAAAUGACACCCGGGGACACCUCUGUUGUUGUGCUGGGUUGUGAUAAAGUUGGGCGUGUCCAGCCCAAGAUCAUUUUGGGAAGAUGCCAGAGAAAGCAGCUUUUCCUGAGAUGUACUAUGAGGGUGUCGGCACUGGGGAUGCCAAGACAGUGACCUGUCUGUAGGAGGCUGGCGAUGAUGCCCUCCAUCGCCUGGACAUCAUCAUAAAGGAUUUCCUUCUGAGACAGUCCCCACUCUCAAUGGCCACCAGUAGUGAUUGUCAUCAGAGUCCUUGUCUUGCUUCCCUAUAACUUAGCUCCAUGGCUUCUUCCCAUGACCCCAAGGACAUGGCCAACAGGAUGUCUACCAGCGCCUCUAAAGGGAGGUUGGGCCUGUGCAGUGAGUCCUUGGGGAUGGCACCCAUGGAUGAGCUUCAGCUCCAAGGAGGCCACUUUGAUCCAUGAGGCUUCUAAAUCCUGGGACUCAUAGGUGGGCCAAAGGCUGGCAUUACUUCUUUCUGCCAUAUCUAAAGACAUCAGCUCUGUCAACAGAGCCCCCAUCUCCUAUUGGAGGGAGAGGGUUGGAGUGUGUGUGCUGCUGACCUUGCCAAUGAUACCAUCAAUGCUACCCAGUGUACUCAUUUCAUGAUGGCAUAGCAGUUGGGAUCCAGUAUUAAUCAUGUCAUUUCCCAGGAUUCCAUAAGACUCACCUCAACUAGCACAUCAUCAUAUACCAGGAAUUGUCACCACUAAUGAUGUCACCACUGUCUCCCAACAUUCCUCUCAACCAAGAUGUCACCACCUCCCAGGAUCCACAUAACAUGCCAUCAUCACCAUCUCCUAUGAGCCGCCACAGCAUGUUCUCAUCACCUCCCAGAAUCCAUCACAAUAUGCUCACCUCAUCAUCUCCCAGGAGCCAUCAGAACCAUGCUGUCCCCAUCAUCUCCCAGCAUUCACUACAGCCAUAGAUCCCCAUCAUCUCCCAGCAUUCACUACAGCCAUACGGUCCCCAUCAUCUCCCAGCAUUCACUACAGCCAUGCGGUCCCCAUCAUCUCCCAGCAUUCACUACAGCCAUAUGGUCCCCAUCAUCUCCCAGGAGCCAUCAGAACCAUGCUGUCCCCAUCAUCUCCCAGCAUUCACUACAGCCAUGCGGUCCCCAUCAUCUCCCAGCAUUCACUACAGCCAUGCGGUCCCCAUCAUCUCCCAGCAUUCACUACAGCCAUAUGGUCCCCAUCAUCUCCCAGGAGCCAUCAGAACCAUGCUGUCCCCAUCAUCUCCCAGCAUUCACUACAGCCAUGCGGUCCCCAUCAUCUCCCAGCAUUCACUACAGCCAUGCGGUCCCCAUCAUCUCCCAGCAUUCACUACAGCCAUAUGGUCCCCAUCAUCUCCCAGGAGCCAUCAGAACCAUGCUGUCCCCAUCAUCUCCCAGCAUUCACUACAGCCAUGCGGUCCCCAUCAUCUCCCAGCAUUCACUACAGCCAUGCGGUCCCCAUCAUCUCCCAGCAUUCACUACAGCCAUACAGUCCCCAUCAUCUCCCAGCAUUCACUACAGCCAUGCGGUCCCCAUCAUCUCCCAGCAUUCACUACAGCCAUAUGGUCCCCAUCAUCUCCCAGGAGCCAUCAGAACCAUGCUGUCCCCAUCAUCUCCCAGCACUCACUACAGCCAUAGGUCCCCAUCAUCUCCCAGGAGCCAUCAGAACCAUGCUGUCCCCAUCAUCUCCCAGCACUCACUACAGCCAUAGGUCCCCAUCAUCCCCCAGCAUUCACUACAGCCAUACGGUCCCCAUCAUCUCCCAGGAGCCAUCAGAACCAUGCUGUCCUCAUCUCUCAGGAGCCACUACAACCAUGAUGUUCUUGUCUCCCUAGUUGUGCCAUGACCAAUGAUGUCCUUAUCUUCCAAAAUCCAUUAUGCCUCGUGGUGGCACUCUCCAAGAGGACUUGUUAGGACGGAUAGUGCCGAUGUUUCUCAUCAUCACAGUGUUGCCAUCUCCCACAAUCUACUUCCACCACGUCUCAUGUCUCAGACACCAGAGCUAUGAUGUCACCACUUCAUAAGAUCCACGGCAACUGUGGUGUCCUUGGAUUCAUGCAGCCAUGCAUCGCCACAUCCCGGAUCCAUCUGAGUGUCACAGUCAUAAUCCACAGGAAUCCACGAGAGCCAUGGUGUCACCACCUCCAGGCCCCACUCCAAACGUGUCCUGUCAUGACUCAUCAGGAGUCACUGUAACCAUGGUGCAUCACCUCCAAUCAGCCAUAAUUGCCAAUGGUGUCUUCAUCUCCCAGGACCCACUCGAACCCCAGUGUCUCCGUGACCUAGGGUCCCUGAGACCCAGUGAUAUCAUUAUCCUUGGGGCCUCCCAUAACCAUGGUGUCAUCACCUCCUGGAUCCAUGACAACAAAUAAUGCCAUCAUUUCCCAAGUUCACUUCAGUCAUGGUGUCGCUGCCUCCCAGAAUCCACGUUAAAACUGUGUCCUCAUCUUCCAGGACCCAUGGCACUUGUGUGCCAUCUGCCAGGAUCCACCAUCUUAGGGUCCUCUGGGGUCUCAUGGCAUUUACAGUUCCUCCCUUCAGGGGAACCAGCACAACAGGCCAUUUCCCAUUCCUUCCGCAGGACUAGGGUGGAGCCAGCUAUCUCCUUCAGAUAGUGUCCCCCUCCCCCACUCUGGCCCUUCUUGAUUAUGUCACUGCCUCGCUCCUAUCAGAAUACAUACCUGGGUCCAGCCUCCUUCACCCACUGGUGAGUGCAUCCAAACUCUUCCUUGUGUCACCAUUGUCCCUCACCCAGCCAUCAGAUCGGUGACAGGGUCAACCCAGUGACUUCACAGCAGUAGCAGAGGUGGGGCUUCCCAGCCCUUGGGCGGCAUCACUGCCCUACCCCACUCAAACCCUGUUAAUUGGACCCCACCACCAGAUCAGAACUCACUAGCUCGGGCCAAACUCUCUUUAGAAUCUUGGUCUGUGGGAAGAUGCCACAGCUGGCAAACCACCAGUUUGGCCAGUUCCCGGGGUGGGGAUACCUGAGAGCAUUGGCCACUGCUACCUUCACCUGCAAAGGCCAAGAAGGGUGCUCCUUCACCCCUUCCCGUAACACACCAGGGAGUCCCUAACACCCAGUGCACAAUUUGACCCUCCACACAGUUCUCUGUACAUAUAGCCAUGCUUCAGGGGGGCGGCCAUUCCCCACUCUUAAAGGGCUACAUGUCCCCCUCCCAGCCCCCAAGGCGAGGAGGGGGCUCUUCUCCCUCCUCUAGGCCGCCCUCUCCCUCUUAUACCCUCUUACCCCACCAAAUAUUGGCCUCUGUGCUCAUCCUAUCUCGCCAAGAGCCUGGAUGGGAUAGAUGGUGCCAGGGUCUCACCAUCGAGGAAGGUAGGAUGUCACCACCAAUCCUCCUAAACUCCAGCGCCAGGUUUUCAGUCUCCCGGCUAAUAGAAGUUCCGUGGGCUCCCCUUCCAUUCUAGGGCCUCCCUUCAAGCGCGCUUAACACUCCCACUGAACACACAGCUUUCUUCAGCCCCCAGCAUCGCAGGGGUGCGGGAGCUUUCGGCUUUUGUUUGCCCCCUUCUCUCAGUCUCUCUCUCCAUCCUUCCUAACUUGGAUUCCUUCCUGGGAUCUGCCUUCCCCGCCCCCCAGCCUCUAACCCUCCAUUCACCCUCCUGACCCAGGAGCCUUGACCUCUUAUCUCAAUAAAGCCAUAGUGGGGAGAGGUCUCACCCCCCCCACCCCACUAGCACCACGAUGCUUCCAGAGCUGGGACCUGGCCUUCUGAGUCUUCCCCACUGUUCCCCAGUAAACACACAAACACACAUGAACGGGGCAUGCACAGCCGUGCAGGAAAGCAGCUUCCCCUUCUGACUGGGGCUUGCAGAGGGGAUGUCAGAUUGAAGUGCUCCACCGGAGGACCCUCCACACCUCUGAAUCCCAGCCUCUCUCCCGUCCCCUACUCUUCCUUCCUGUGCUGAACCCACCUUCGACUUCCUGGUGAGGACAGCGAGAAGAGCUGGCGCUCAGUGGGGGGUGGUUUUUGUUUUGGAAUAAACAGCUGUUUUUCCUGA